AUGGCCAGUGAAUACCUCGACCACGAUGAGGACACCAGCAGUAACUUCUCAAGCAUGAGAGACAGCAUGUACCUUCUGGCCACGCUCAACCAAUAUAGUAUAAACGGGGAUGUUUUGAAGAUCAAUCGUCAAGGCUCCAAGGCCGCCGAAGGAUUGUUGCGGGUCACGUUGUUCAGCAAAGAUCUUCGUCUGCUCAAACGCCAGUACGUACUCGAUGAGCUUCACCAUGCGCAACCAGUCCUCGAGCCGCAAGUGGCAAGCACUUUGUCCUCGUCUCAAGCUAUAUUCGCAGACUUCGACCAUUCGGCUGACGCCGAAGGACGACUGGAGCCAGAUGAAGAACUCAACUCAAUGCGCCAAAGGCUUGCCCGCCAGCUUCGAGAGACACGCAGGAAAGGCGUUGUGCCGGUUUUUGUGAGUACAAUGUGGUUCUUGUUCGCAUUAGCGAUAUCUAUUCAAAGCUCAUUUGGCCUCCUUGGCCAGGAUGCUGUGGCACACGACCUGGCACUUGGCUUACUCUUGUCCUGGCUCCCGAUUGUCAUACUUUGCAGCAUCGUAGACCGGAAUCCUGUAUCAGCGGACGAUAUUCGUAAGAAGUUGAAUAGGCUCGUCGAUCAUGUCAGACAAUCCCUUAUGGACGAAGACAUCUGCAGAAGGUUUGUCUUGACCAUCGACGAUGUAAAACAGCGAAAGCAAAUGCGGCACGACAUUGCGAAGCUGAGUCUAGCUUGUGGCAGCAUGAAAGGCGCACAAUUCUUCGAGAAGUUCGCCGGCCAAGGUCGACAGAAGUGGCACUAUGGCGCCGCUCAUGGUAUCCUCUGCGACAUAGAGGAUGCUUACAUUGCUGAAAGUGGACGUCACUGGCUCAGAGAUGAGAAGCGUGCUCGGACGUACUUGGUUCUCGGCGAUAUACGCGGUGGCUUGGACUGGCUUGACUAUCGCGAGCUGCAACAGGUGGUCGUCGCAGUAGUAUGUGUUGAAGCAACUACAUUUGGGGCAUGGAUUGUAUCUUACUUUACUCCGACCGUGGGACUAGGGUGUAGAAGCUUUGGAUAUACGGUCUUCGGUACCAUAGCGUUUGGUCUUCUGGUAAUCGAAAUCGGAUUAUGGUGGUGGUGGGAUGCGCAGAAGAAUGAGCUUAAGCAGCUCGGACGCAGAGCGACAAGCGUGGGUUUAGACGGAACCAGGCUUGCAGGGCCACGGGCAGCUGUGCGACGUGCUUGGGUAGCAGGCCUAGAGUGGACCUGCGUAGGCUUCAUGCAAUUCGCACGAGCGAUACUACCACGACCUGCCGUUGUUAAAAUGGUUGAUCGGUGGCAUGCUUUGGCGGCAAGGCUGACUGCUUUGGGAGCAAGGUUGACUGCUUUGACUCCACAACAACGCUGGGAUCGUCUCUUCUUCAAGCCUGUCGAGUUGACUAACACUGCUUGGCUGACGUAUCGAAUGCUUGCUCAGACCUUUGGCAGCGACAACACUUGCGAAUGUAUGAGUAGUAUCUAUGCCGGUGGAGGAGGCUACAUUGAUCUCUCUCAGUGGAGCGUAGUGUCCAAUGGACAGUACGUCCGCUAUUACUGGGCUACAGGAACGACGAUCUCGGUCAUGAUUACAGGCCUGGCUAUGUCUUACAUUGUGCUGGAGUGGUGUCUGCAAUCGCAUCUCAGCACUGCCAACGCACACGAUGCGGCGAUCGGGCUACGUCGAGUAAGGAGGUUCAGGCAAUACACAUACCCAAUGCGGUGGGUAUGGUACGUGAUCGACGACAUCACACACAGCAUCGAGAACGUCCUGGUGAAGCUUUGUAAGACCUUGGGAAUCCUUAGUCCAACAUACCGACCGCGAAACAUUGGUCUCCGCUGGGCAGUAUCUCCGAUGAACAAUCGACAAAAUCGAGUUGAUCCGGCGAGAGCAUUCUCGCUGGCCACACCAGGUCCAGUCAGAAGGCGCGCAGAUAGCGAAAUACCACUGGUCAGCUUCAGCAGUGCUAGUGAGGAUCAUGCCAACCAGUCUCCGCCAUCCACGGCCUGGAGCGAGCACUACCGCAGCCCAUCUGAUGCAGGCAGCGGAGGGUCCCCAAGUGAGGUUCGGCGCGGGUUGUUAGCUCCAGAUGGCCAUCAGAGACCCUCGUAUGAGCGCCAGAGCAGUAGCAAUGCUCCUUCCAUGCAAUCGUUUGACCGGUCGAUCUCACCGUCACAUAGAAUAAGUGAAGUCUAG